CCGGGCAGGGGCCGAGGCCGGGGCCGUGGGCGCAGCGGGUGUGGCGGGCUCGGCGUUGCGAGCUAACCUGAGACUGGAGAAAGGCCUACGCGGGAUGAAGGGUGGAUCUGGAAGGCUUUCGCCACUCGGCCCAAAUGACCAAUGCACAGCUUGACUGCCAUAGCAGCAUACCCAGGCUGUAAGCCUUGUGCCUGCGGUGUUCUCCAUGGAAGUGAGCCGUACUGACUGUGUGUAGAGAGAUGCCUUUCACCUAUGUUCACAGAGAGUUCUGAAAGUUGGCAACAAAGGUAGUAAAUUGAUUUACAGUUUAGAAGCCUUUGCAGAAGAAUUAAUUUAUUGGAGGUGCUGCCCAAGCAUUCAAAGAGAAGAAAUUAAGCAGAUCCCAGCAGGAAGGAGCAGAUGCAGCCAAGGCUGAGACAGAAUCUGCUGCAACCUCGCCAUCGGGUCCUGUUGCAGAGACGUUCCGAGUUAUUCAAGGGGCAGUGACUGAAGAGUACAUGAGAAGUACUCGGGGUGUCUUUCAGUUUGAGCUCUCUGGCAAUGGUGGAGGCACUUGGUAUAUUGACCUGAAGACCGAGGGUGGGAGCGCUGGCUUCGGAAAGCCUCCCGUGACAGCUGAUGUGGUUAUGAGCAUGUCGAGUGCCGACUUUGUGAAGAUGUUCACAGGUACCGACAUUUUAGCAGCCAGUGUAUCUUCAGAAAGAAUCCAGCCCAUGCAUUUGUCCUGUGCUCUGCGCAUGUCUGAGCAGCGUCUCCUAAAUGGGCACUGCUUGUACCAGGAGGACUUGAUAUUCCCAGAAUGCAGAUAUGAUACUUCACAGAUUCUGCUUUAAGAACCUUUCAUUACCUAAAGAGAAGCUGUGGGGUGUGAGGAAGAAGUUGCCUGCUUGAUCUUCCUCUUUAAGGACCACUCUUAAACAAAUGGAUCAUGUU